AAAAGGAACUCGUUGGAAACACUUCAAAGAGAAGCAUUCUGCCAUGCACACCUUCGGCAUCUUGCUUCCCACUCUCAUUUGCUGUCACGUCAUUGCUGAAACGUCUGCCAAGCUAAUCGAGCCUCCCAAGUUGCAGCCGCUCGCCUUACCGAGAAACCCGGCGCCCAACAAGAAACUCGUACUGUCCUGCGUAGCCGUGGAGGGAGACCCGCCGUUGGAGUUCGCGUGGACGAAGGACGGCGUCCCCGAGCGCGAAGGGAGGAGGAGGUACUCGACGGCCGUCCUCGCUUCGCACAUUUCGUCGCUGACGAUUCUCGAACUGACGGCGCAGGACGUCGGCAACUACACGUGCCGUGUUUCCAACUCGGCCGGGGCGGACAGUUCCACGGCGUCCCUCGUGGUGCAGGGUCAGUGUAUUCAUCGUUCAUCGGGAAGACUAACAAUUGGCAGUCACUUGAGUAUCCUUACGUGAUUUGAAUGCGAAAAAGCAUUAGGACUUGUCUAAGGUACCACCUUAAAUUAAAACUUCACCUUAAUCUAGCUUGCUCUAAUUUGUACCAACCUUAAUCCAUCUUGCUUUAGUUUGUACUAACCUUAAUUCACUUUCAAUAACAUUAAUCCACCUGAAUCCAAUUUUGGGUGUGGGCCACGGCGUCUGCCCGACGCCGUGGCUGUCCACCGUGCGAUUUCGCACUGCGAGCCGCAGCAAGUCCAGCGCCGGGAACGUGACGUCAUCCCUUGGUCACGUGGGUUUUGGUACCGCCGGAUGGUAACGCCGUACGCCGGAUAUUCCGCUUCAUUGGGCAUAUAAUGCUUUUCCAUUAACGAUAGUCGGGCGUUAACACCACGGCUGCGUUGUGUGGUACGGAGAACGCUGUACCGGAAGGUUCCGUACCGAUUCUAGCCACUUUGGUUUCUAUAACAAGCGUCCGACUCUAACCGGCAUCAGCAUUUCGUCAUUCAGCCUCCAUCUAAUCAUCACAACUGCCGCUGGGAAUCAAACCGGGUACUUCACUGCGCAGCGGCAAAACGCUCAGCCAUCCGUGCUCGGUUCUCCGGAGAUCUACGGUUGGAAUCAGUGAUAUUACGAAUGCCAAAGCUCGGUGUUUCCUCUGCGCUGAUUGAGACGCUAUAAAGACGGGUGUCGCGUAUAGAUUAAUU